UCCCUCAGGCUUCCGCGAGACGGCUCGCUCAGAUUCACAGCGAGAGCCCGGAGCCAGCUCCUGGAGGCCGUCCUCCGUCCCCCCUGUGGUCGCCAUGGCCCUCCUGCCGUGGGCACCGACAGGCAGCUCAGCCCCGGGCCACGUGCCUGUCCUUCUGAGGCCUCGAGAGCGCCGGGCAUGGCGGGGCCAUGGCGGUCACAUGCGGAGGCAGUCCGCGCACCUGCCUGGCUCAGCGGAGAGCACGGGCCCCCCCUGGAGGCAUCUGGCGGCACGGCCAGCCCAAGCCCGCCAUUGUGACUAUUUCUUGGCACAACGAGAGCCGUGUGUUUAUGGCGCGCAUGGCCGCGGGGGGUGAGCAGCGGCGAGGAGGCCGUCCCGGGGCUGGCGUGAGGCCUGGGGGCCUGCGGCUCUGUCUGUCGGCGGCCUCCCUCUCCCACCCACCAUGGCCGGCCGGCCCCUCUGCUUUGGCCGGGAAGCCCAGGAGCGAGGAACCCCCGUGCAGGGGUGCCGGCGGCCCCGGAGGGGCUUCCCUCUCCUACCCCGAGGCAGGUCCGGGCUGCCGGCUGGCGUGGGCGCGGGGCCCUUUCCGGCCUGGCAGCCCAGCGGCCCUGGCACCAGGAAGUCUCCCGGGCUCUGGCCCCCUCCCACGGGCCCCUCCGGGCCGGCCUGCCAGGUUCCCCCGUGGCUCGGACAUGCUCAGGCGCGGGGAGCACAGGCCGCCGACGGAGGUGCUAAGUGGGGCAUCUGUGUCCUGAGUGUCUUUGCAGAUCGGCUUUCCCACUGUUUGCACAGAGACGCGGCUCCCGCUUCCCACGGGCGCGGCCCCCCUCGUGCACAGGCCACAGUAAACAUUUGGUCAGCGCCCGUGCCCUCCGCUCCAUAUGGUGUGGCCCUGUGCCCCCUCCAGGAAGUGGGGGGACCCCCUUCCUCUCACGGACACGGCCGGAACUGACCACCUGCAGUUGAAUGGUCCCUGGGUGCCCCUGGGGUCACCUGGGCUGCGUCCCUGAGGGCCCGGGUGACCCUCUGUGACACUGAAGCAAGGGGCAGCAGAGACUGGGGGUCAGGGGACCACAUGGGCCUGGGGAGGCGACUUGUGCCCCAUCGGACACGGGCUUCUGUCUGUGCGAGAGCUCGCGUGAAGUCCCAGAACAGGAACGCGCAAACCCACACGAGUAGAGAGUCCGAGACGGGGCGGCUCGCCGAGCGGAUCCGAGGGAAACUGCAGGCGCCUCCUUGAGCCACAGCAGAGGCUGGACUUGGAAGCACGAGGCCCCCGUGGGGGUCGGGCCAGAGGUGCUGAGAACCCUCCGGCGGACUUCAGAGCCCGCGCCCUCGCUGCAGCUCAGCACGGCACCCAACAGUGGUCUCUAGAGACGGGGCGUGGGGGGAGGGCCCUGGCGGCCAGGCGGCCAGGGACAGCAGAGGGCAUGGGGACAGCUGGGGGCAGGGAGAAC